UAGAGUGCAUAUUUGCAAGUGCACAGAUACGAUAUCUUGCAUUGAAAUCGAGGCCACAAUUAAGAACCUUGAAGAAUUACAGAGUGAAAGGAACUUCGGAUAAUGUAUCCGAUAGGUAGGUGGUGCAGUCACAGUCUCGUUCCGAACGCUAUACAGGUUUUUCUUGCCGGCUAUAUUAAAAUCCUCACAUUUCAGAUUGAACAAUGAAGCUUUACUCCGUUUCCGAUGGACCACCGUCCCUAUCAUGUCGCCAAGCAUUAAAGGCUUUAGGUGUCGAAUAUGAACUGGUGGAUGUUGAUUUCGGUAAAGGUGAACACAUGACUGAGGAAUACGAAAAAUUAAACCCACAGAAAGAAAUUCCUGUUUUGGUUGACGGUGACUUAAUAAUGGGAGAAAGCAACGCUAUUUUGCAAUAUCUUGGCGACAAAUACGACAAAGAUGAGAAACUGUACCCGAAAGAUGCAAAGGCACGCGCGAUAGUCAAUCAUCGUUUGUGUUUUAAUUUAGCCAUGUAUUAUCGCAACAUCUCUGAAUACGUGAUGGCUCCCAUAUUCUUCGAUUAUGAAAGAACUCCCUUAGGAUUGAAGAAACUGAAAAUGGCUUUAGACGCUUUUGAGACAUAUCUGAAACGUGAGAAUUCUGAAUAUGCGGCGGGGAAUACAUUGACCAUAGCCGAUUUUCCAUUGAUUACCGCUACCAUGUGUCUAGAAGCAAUUGAUUUUAAAUUAGACGAAUGGCCUCUGAUACAAAAAUGGUACGCCAACUUUAAGCAAAAGCAUCCGGAAUUAUGGGAGAUCGCUGAGAAAGGUAUGGAAGAAAUUCAAUAUUUUGAAAAGAAUCCGCCACACAUGCCAGAUUUGAAUCAUCCGAUACAUCCCGUUCGCAAGAGCAAAGUGUAAGUUCUUGCUGCUACUGAAUAUUUUAUACGAGAUUAUAUACAAAAUGUAAGUGUCCGUUUCACCCUCCUUGCAAACAAAUACAUGUACUUCAUUACUAUUAUAACUGGACAACGUAUAAUAAUAACAACAGAUCACGAGUGAUAUUUAACGAUUAUUAUUUG